UUGGUCACAAGGGCUUUUUGCUAAAGUAGGAGGGGCGGGAAGGCUUCGCGGCGGCGAGAUCGGGGCCCUUUCUUUUGAAACCCAAAGUAGGGUUUUCUUUGUUAAGGUUUGGAGGGAGUGGAGGAGGGAGUAAGAGGGAGAGAUGCCGAAGAAGGACGGAGGAGGGGGGGAGGGCGGGGCGGCGCCGGCGCCGGGAGAGAUGGCGAAGAAGGACGGAGGAGGGGGUGAGGGUGGGGCGGCGCCGGCGCCGACGGUGGAGGAGCUGCCGAGGGCCAUCGUGCGGCGGGUGGUCAAGGACAAGCUGGCCGAGUUGUCUUCCGAAGGUGCAGGAGGAGGGGAAGAGGAGCUUAAAGUUCACAAAGACGCGCUGCUGGCCUUCGCGGAGAGCGCUCGCAUCUUUAUCCACUACCUCUCCGCUACCGCAAACGACAUUUGCAAGGAAUCAAAUAGGCAAACAAUCAAUGCAGAGGAUGUGAUCAGGGCAAUUGAAGAAAUUGAAUUCCCUGAGUUUAUUGAGCCUCUUAGAAUUUCUUUAGAGGAUUUUAGAAGAAAAAAUGUGGCAAAGAAGUCUGGGACGAAGGCAAAAGAAACAGAUAGAAAACGGAAAUUAGAGCAAGAGACGCCGACACAGAAUGGAUAUGAUGGUACGGAAGGUGCAGCAGAAGAAGAAGAUAAUGGACAUGAUGGUAUAGAAGGUGCAACAGAAGAAGACAGGGAGGGUCAAGGCAACUCUCCUGAAAAUGAUGGAUGAAGUUCUUUUGCAUUGGAGUUCAGUCUUCCGAUUUUGUUGGCUGUGCUCCCUGUAUAGUUAUGGUGAUAAAUGAUAGUAGAGUGACUGUCUUGUCAUUGGAAUCCUAACUUUAUGCAAUAAAGUUUCUUUCUGGCAUCUGUGGUGCUUACAGAACCUUAGAAAGCUGUAUCCACAUUAAUAAGAGCAGUCAGAACUUUAUCCGCGGCUAUAUACGGGCUUUAGGUUGCCAAAUUUGUGCGAAUUUUUUAUUGAUUAGAUAGCAUAUGAUGCUGUGAUUGCCUGGUCGCAUAGAACAGUUUCGCUGGAAUAAUCAACUUUUCCUU